AUUUUGGGGAAUGUCUCGGAAUUCCAAAGAGUGGUUGAAGUGCUCCAGGACAACAUAGAUUUUGAUAUUGAUGUGAAUGCCUCCGUCUUUGAAACCAACAUCCGAGGUAUAUGAUAACAUUUUUAGGAAGAUUAUGGAGCAGAGGGACAGCAUGAUACAAAAUCCUGGUUUAGGGAUCAGACCUGAGUUCGAGGCCAUGUUCACUGCUUGCUGUGUUCCACAGCUUCUGAGUCCAAUUUAUCGUCUAUCCCAACUUUAUGGAGGUAUCUUUUAUCAGACUUUCCACUUUGGUGGUAGGAGGACUUCUGUCUGCUCACCUGCUGUCAAAGAAGGCUGGGGUGGAAGUGGAGGCCGGCUGGCCCUGCUCUGGGCCUCUCCUGAGGAUGGCUGAGGAGGCGGCCCGAAAACUCCUCCCAGGUAAGACCCCCACUGACGUGGGGCAGAAAGGAAGUCCAGUAGGUCCUGCUUCUCUUGCUGGAGACCAGAGUGGCAAUGCUGAGUUACUUUCCGCUGUUUCUCACCCGAACACUUGCUAUUUCUGCCUCUGGGCACCCACCAUGGAAAUCAGGAGAGUCCUGGGCAUUUCCAGGGCUUGCUGGGACCCUGACCCAGGAUGGGUGAGCUGACCUCCUUACUGUUUGCAGGGUGGCACUGAAGGCCAGCCUGGUGGGUGGAAGGUUCUUGCUCUUAUUUGAGAGAGCCCUUUUGCCCCCUCCCUGGCCCACACACUGCUGGGAUAAAGGGGUUCCAGAGAAGAACCUCGAUCUGUGUGUUAGGAGCCCCUGAUUCUGGUCUAGCCAAUGUCUUGACGAAGCCACUCUUCUCUCCUUGGUUCAGUUUCCCCAUCUAUCAAAAGGGAAUCAUAAUUCCCACUUGCCUGCCACACUGGCUUUUUGAGAGGCAUAAAAUGAGGUCAGAAAGAAGAAAGUGCUUGGAGAACCUCAAACACCACUGAAACACAAGGGACUUGUUUUGUAGCUAAGCUGUGUCCAGUGCUGCGGGCCAAGCCUCAGUGUAUUUGUCUGGUGGGGCAGUAGCUGAGCUCGGCUGCAUCAGCUGGACAUUGUGUUCUCUUCAGGGUGUGGUGGGGACUCUGGGGCUGUUCACACCCAAACACAUCACUCUAGGCUUUCAUCAACCUCUCGGCCACCACAGUUCUCCCUUUCUGGAGAAGAGCGGAGGAAAGUGAGUGAGCUGGGUUCAGAUCCACUCAGGGCUCACAGCCCAUAGCCUACGUGUCCCCUUACAAACAUCAUAUCCUGUGAUUCAUCCAUGUAGCACACUGCUUCGUUGCUCCCUUUUUUUUUUUUUUGGUCAUUAAGAAUCAUUUUGGG